AUGGCAAAGGGACAACCUCUGCAGAGAGAGCAGGCAUGGACACCACUGCAGAACAGAACAAACACAAAAAUGAAACUCACAAGGUGUGGAAAGAUAACCCUGGGUAUCUUAAUGAUGGUGAUUGUCGCAGUAGUCAUCGGACUCAUUGUUUAUUUCGUUGCUUAUGGCAAGACACCUCUCUACUACCACCUCAUCUUUAAAGUUAAUAACAUUGACUACGACAGCAAGUUUGAAAAAUCAUAUUCACAAGACUAUAUGGACCUAAAUAAAAAGAUAGUGUCUUUGAUAAAUGAAACAUUUCAUGGAUCGAAACUGAGAGGACAGUAUGUCAAAUCUCAUGUUGUCCAAGUAAGCCGAGCCAAAGGGAAAGUGAUAAUACAUGCUGUGCUGAAGUUUAAAUCCUGUUAUAAAAAUAAUGCAGCAAAAUUUGGGGAUAGAAUUGAAACCAUUUUACGUGAGAAGCUAAAGGGUGAAACUGGGUCUUUACAUAUAAAUUCUUCUUCAUUUAAAUUUUCAGACAUUGCAAUACCAACAGCAGAAAAUCUUCUCAAUACCUGUUGUGGACAACGCACAAUAACUCCCUCUGGCAACAAGAUAGCAGGGGGCAUGGAUGCCCAGGAAGGGGAAUGGCCCUGGCAAGCUAGCCUUCAACAGAACAACGUCCACCUAUGUGGAGCCACUCUGAUUAGUAACAGCUGGCUUGUCACUGCUGCUCACUGUUUCAUAAAGGACAGAGAUCCCAAAGAAUGGAAAGUUACUUUUGGGCUUCUUUUAAGUCAUCCACAAACACAGCGAGGUGUCAAGGAUAUUAUAAUUCAUGAAAACUACCAUUACCCCGCACACGAUAAUGACAUCGCUGUUGUACAUCUGUCUUCACCAGUAUUAUAUACAAGCAACAUCCGAAGAGCAUGUCUUCCGGAAGCUACUUAUACAUUCCCACCCAACUCAGAUGUGGUGGUCACUGGAUGGGGAACAUUAAAGUCUGAUGGAAUAAGUCCUAAUAUACUCCAAAAAGGAUUAGUGAAGAUCAUAGAUAAUAAGACCUGCAACCAUGAAAAGGUAUAUGGUGGUGUGAUCACACCUGGAAUGUUGUGCGCCGGGUUCCUGAAGGGAAAUGUGGAUGCCUGCCAGGGUGACUCUGGUGGACCUCUAGUUGGUGCAGAUUAUAAAGGCACUUGGUUCCUUGCUGGUAUUGUAAGCUGGGGAGAUGAAUGUGCUCUUCCAGACAAGCCUGGUGUCUACACUCGAGUAACAUACUAUCGAGACUGGAUCAUGUCCAAAACUGGUCUCUAG